AUGCCUCGUUACCUAAGGAUAGCGGACGUCCCUGCGAUACUGUCUGAACUGCAAGGAACUGGAGACAGCACGCCCUAUCAGAAGAACGAAUGGCAACAACGAUGGUGCAAAAUUACGGAUGAGCCCGAAGAGGUCGCCGCCUGGCUGUUGUGGCUGCACACUAACAAAAAAGCCGAGUAUGCCUGGGUGGAUCAGAUGUGUGUACCGCAGGAUGCCGAUCUGGAGGAGAAGAUGACUCACAUCAAGGACAGCCCCUCCAUCUACGCAGCAGGACACGUGUAUGUGCUUAUUGCCCCGGUUGUGGACUACGCGACAGGCAAGAUCAUGAACGCCAAGGAGGCGCAUGGCAUCGUACAGCAGUACAACGACGAAAUGAACUCGUACAGGGGCGCUCGCUUUCUGAGCCGGUCAGCGGUUAAGGCUCUGUUGGUCAACAACUCGUACAUGCGGCGUGUGUGGACCAUUCAGGAGGCGGUGGCGGCCAAGAGCCUGUCUGUGUGGCCGCUGAGGGGGGAAGGCGAGGUUAACUCGUAUCAGAGCAUCUAUGUGGUGGACUGGCCCGAAUUCAACGCCUGGAAUAGCCACCCGAAACUGGGACCGCUGUACCUCAAAUUCAGUGACGAGGCACUCAGGAGCUUCUACGAGGGAGACUACACCGGCAUUAUCAAGGUUCUUCGCGAGCACCCCUCUGACGGCAUUGGCUACCUGGCCAUGAUUAGUAAGGAUCUGAUGUGGAUUACCAUGGACCGGAACGGCCUCAUCAACGACAUCAAGAAGGCGGACAGCCCCGCCAAGAAGGCGUUUGUGCUGCUCAACAAUCACCAGAUUCAGAGCGCCCGCGCCUUCCUUCCCGAAGACCGCGUGCUGGCCCUGAUCCCGCUGGUGGACUACCCGGCGUGGAAGGAGGUGACUAAGGGGGUGCCGGGAAGACACAUGGUGCAGGCGUCCGUGGCGUGGGCGUACGGCAUCAUGGAGGCACAGAUGGCCACGUGGAAGUGGUCGAUCCGGGUGUACAACAGUCCCGAAUGUGCAGCUCGCGGAUUGGAUGUGCUUCAGCCUCGCCGAAACUUGGGGAACAGUACGGCAAUGUGGGGGGCUACACCCGACUGGAAGGUGCAGAUUCCCACCGAGGGCGGCACCUUGGUGCUCACUCCGUCACCUCCCCACCCCGACCCAACCGUCAACUCCUACCUAGAAUCAACCGCCGCAACCCCCUCCCCUGUGGAGUUGCUUGUUGAGGCGGCUCUUGUGAUGCCGCAUCCCGGCCAGGCCAAGUACUGGGGAGGGGGCCCCUGGACCUCCAUCCGUGAUGUACUGCAAACCGACGAGGUGUUUCGGUUGUCCGUACAGUGGGGGCUGGAGCCGUGGCGAAACCCGAACCUCGGGCUGGACGCGGAGCGGAGCGCAGUUGUGGUGUUGUCCGGAGGGGACCUGCCUAACCCCGUUAUGAUCAUUGCGGGAAUCACGGAGGGGGAGGAGGAGCCAACGACUGGCCAGGUGAUGGAGGUGGUUGAGGUGAGCUCCCAUCUGCUCAGCGCCGUCCUUGAGGGCCUGAGGGCGGUGGCUCUGGGCACCCUCACCUCCCCCCUCACCCUCAGCAGCAAGGGGGUGCUACCGCCGCCACCGGAGCCCCCCACAGAGCCCUCCACCCUGGGGGCGCCUUGGCAGCUGGUACUGCCGCCUUCGCCUGGCGCGACGGCUGCAGCAGCUGCGGGUGAUGCUGGUGCCUUGCUGUCGGCUGCUGCAAAGGCGCCGUCGUCGGAGCGUGCUGUCCCCACUGGAGGUGCUGCCGCUGCCGCUGCUGGGGGCAGUGGUGCUGGUGGCGUGGGAGGGGAGGUGGAGACGGAGGCGGAGGAGGCCGUUCCUGCACCCCCUGCAGGUGCUUACAUUCAGAAGGGCGAGAUGGUGCCUGGGCUGCCGUACAGCGGGGUGGAAGUGGCGGCAGGGGCGGAGUAUGCGGGACAGGCACCGGUAGCUCAAGACUUGGAAGCAGCGAAGCGCCCCACCAUUCUAGGCCGGACGGCCAUAGCCGCCGCUGCCGCCUCUACAGCCGUGGUGGUGUUUACAAUGGCCAUAGUAGAAUGGGUGUCUAUGACGAGGGAUCGGUCGCGUGCGACGUUACGAGGAACACAUUUGGUGACGCAUGAGCCGUUCCUCAUUAUAUUCGAGGCCAUAAUCCUGUUUUGCAAUCCUAAUUGCCAAAUUACGCAUCAUGACAUCAUGAGAAACAAGUUCGCAACCCAGCCGGGCAUUAGUUCCGCUUCACUGCCGGAGAUGAGCACCUCUAGCCGGAAAAAAGAUAUGGAGUUCAAACUGAGGGGAAGAAAAAAAAAACCGGGAGCAGAUCAGUUCAAUGACAUUCACGUACAUCUCUACAUACAGACCCACAUCUCCAUCGUGUGGCCGACCGUCAUCAGUACACCGCCGUCAAACCCGCAGCACACACCCUGCGAGGAAACGACCCUAAGCGGCUACAUCCACUGUAUACCGUCAGCAUUUAUGUUACCAAACAUGUAG